GGUAACGACAGUUUAGUACUGAUUUCGAGGUGAAUUGUUUAUUGAAAUAGGCUGAAGUCAAAUUGUGGAAAUUAGUUGAUCAAGUUUUAAAUAUAUUCAGAUCAAGAAGCAAGUGUGUUUUGGCAAACAUUUUGUUGCUUUUAGGCUAGUCUAUAACUUUCCACAGGAGAAACAAAUCAAAACGACAACAAUUUCUUAUUUUUUUCUGUUUGUUUUUGGGACCAGAACUAAAUCAUGUGUUCAAGCAACGAGCCUCUGGAGAUAACUGGUAUUGAGUUGGCCCACAUCCUCAGAACUCCCCGGGACCAGUUCACCUCAGGCGGCUGUGUGAUGCUGGACUGUCGGCCGUUCCUUGCCUUCUCCAGGACUCGCAUCUCCGAGUCCCGCAAUGUCAACUGGAACUCGAUGCUCCGGCGUCGGUCCAAGAGCUCCGUUGUUUGUUUGGAGUGGUUGGUCGCGGACAAGGACCUCCUUGGUCGGCUGCGCAGAGGGGAUUUCUCGCCAAUCGUGGUGCUUGAUGAGAGUAGCCUUUCUAUGGCCGAACUGAAAGGGGAGAGCUUGGCCAGUAUGCUGCUGACUGCUCUACAAGCCGAUGUCCAGUCCAGCUCAACACAGAUCUGCUUUCUACAAGGUGAGAUUUACCAGGCUACAAAACAAAACAAGUCGGCUAUUAGAUCAUUUAGAAUGAGAUGAAAUGGGCCUACAAAAUAGAAUAAGAAUAGCCCAAAAAGUCCAAAGUUGGAGUUGUUAAUGAAUAUCUUUAGGCCUAAAUAUGAUAAUAACCAGAUUAUUUAGUUACAUACAUUUUAAUAAUUUCCUCUACAAGCCAUCCUCUAAGUAGGUAAUGUUCCUAUCUGGUACAGAAGAUGUGAGGAGUUAUGUCAUGAGCUGUUGAGUGACAUAGUAAUGUUUCUCAAUGACAGGUGGCUUUGAAGGGUUCCAUGAAGAAUAUCCAGAAGUCUGUUUCAACUCCCCAGGCCUGCUGGGACACAACCCUACAAUGAUGGACCUGGAGCCUAGUGUGACAGGGCGGAAAACACCACUCUAUGAUCAGGUGAGAGACUGGGAAAAUAACUGAAAUAAUUGCAUGUGGAAUUUUUUUUCAGACAUUUGUCCCCUACUUUACUUGGUUUGGGAUGUUUUCCUUCAUGGAUUGAAAUCAGUCAUGUUUUGGUUGGUUCUUGUUUUUGAUCGGAUGGUUUGUGUUUGAUUGACAGGAGGGUCCAGUGGAGCUCCUUCCCUUCCUGUUUCUGGGCAGUGCAGUUCACUCGUCGCGGCGCGAAACUCUCGCAGCAGCGGGGAUCACGGCAGUGCUCAACGUGUCCUCCUCCUGCCCCAACCUGUACGAAGAGGAACUGCACUACAUGAGACUCACUGUAGAGGACAGCCUGGCUGCAGAUAUCGGAGCACGCUUCCCUGAGGCCAUCGCCUUCAUAGGUCAGUUCCACUACUAGCAUCACCUUCUGGGUGUGUCCCAAAAGGCACCUUAUUCUAAUUUGGUGCGCAGACAUUGGUCGUGUUCCCCUGCUCAGACGUUGCAUGCAUCCACCAAUGGUUGCGUGCCACGUCAUCGACUGUGGUGUCGGGCACCAGAUUGCUAUAACAUAUGAUGUGGUUAGCUGAUACGUAAAAUACCUAUCCAGGCGUUGUAAGAUCUGGCAUGCGUCAGCAAUGUCUGAGCAGGGGAACAUGACCGUUGUCUCCUCUCCUUCAUUUGAAAACGCAGGACAGGUGAAAGAUUGCCAAUUUCUGGGACAUUUCUUUCACAUAAAUCUAGAUUGGAGAGACGAGGAAGGAAGACAUUUUAGACUAUUGAGACUGUGUGCUAAAACACAGAGCUCAACGCUAACGACCUUGUUCUCUAACUUCUCUGUUGCAGACUCGGUGAAGGAGCGUGGUGGUCGUGUGCUGGUGCACUGCCAAGCCGGGAUCUCUCGCUCAGCCACUAUCUGUCUGGCCUACCUCAUCCACGCCCGGCGCGUCCGAUUGGACGAGGCCUUCGACUUCGUGAAGCAGCGACGCCAGGUCAUCUCUCCUAACCUGGCCUUCAUGGGACAGCUGCUGCAGUUUGAGACCGACGUCCUAUGUCACUGACUCCAUAAUUUAGCGAUAUAUUUACAUAUAUGCUUUGCCACUAGACUCGCACAGAUAUAUUUCUGAUUAAUACAUAAGAUAAAUGUACUUUCUAUAUGCACUUCCAUUAGGUGGAUUUGUUCAAAAAGUUGACUUGUGUUGUUUAACUUUUGACGGACAACUGACUAUGAUGAAGAAUGUGUAUUCGAUUUCACACGUUUUCAUGUGUCUCUGCGUGGCCACAGCCUCACAUAACUGUGCUCAGAGAAAUGUUUACCCACUCUGCCACUGGCUGGGCUAUAUCUGAGAGAAACACACAGAGACAGUACAUGGUGAGAGAAAUGUAUAUCUGCUGUACUGCUGGCAGGAGAAAUAUGUGUGUGGUGUUUGCCUUUUUGGACAUUUUGCAAGGGCUGACAUAAAGGCCUAUACUGUGAGAUAAACCCCAGCAAGCUGCUGGGUACUGGAGUAAUAACUACUGUCUGUAAAACUAAAUGUGAAUGAUUUUUUUUAUCUUGAUCAGGUGAUUUAUUGUAUUAAGGGCAAUACAUCAAUGCAAUCAAUUUCCUUACACCAAUGCAAAUCUGAAACAAGCUCAUCCUCAUCAAAUCAAAGGUGUUGGCUGUAGCCUGCAGGUCUGCUCUGGGCAAAGGGAAGAAGCCAUCUCAAUUGUUUUUAUCAAACGUAUUUUUAAUAAUUUUAUUAUGGUUUUGACAGUUGUGAUUUACACUGUCUGUUACUGCACUUUAUUUGCCAAUGUGGAGGCAGUUUCAUGCUGUUUUUCACACAGAUUAAAUACUUUAUAAACUGGAAAACACAUGUUUGUCUUUGUUCGUUUAUAUAAUGUCCUGUUUACGUACAGUGCCUUCAGAAGGUAUUCA